AUGGCGGACACUGAGGAGGGAGAAUUGACGCACAAGACGGCCGUAAUGCGAGACGAGGAGACGCAGGUGAACGGGGAGACAAAGAUUGAAAGCGAGUCGCCGGAUGGGGUGAAUGUGCAGGAUGAAGGAUUGCGCGAAGCGUCGCCGACGCGUCGCGACGCCGACGAGGUCAACGCGCGCGCGGAGGACGAUCCGCCGUCUCAAGAAGAGGAGGAGCCUGAGGAAGAGACGACGAAGUUUGUGGAGUGGGAUCCAACCGGACGCUUCGGGCGAACCACUGAACUUCUCGGUCGUGGGACGUACAAGAACGUGUACAAGGCUUUCGACGAAGAAGAGGGCAUGGACGUGGCGUGGAACCAGGUCAAAGUUCACGGUUUACCCGCGGUGGAGAAGCAGCGCUUGCUCGGUGAGGUUGAGAUCUUGAAGAGACUUGAUCACAAGAACGUGUUGAAGUUUUAUCAUUCGUGGAACACGACGAACGAGAAGACGGGAGAGGUGAGCGUGAACUUCAUAACCGAGGCGUGUGCGGGGACGUUGAACAAGUACGCCGCGCGAUUUAAAAACAAUUUGGAUAUGCGCGCCGUCAAGAGCUGGGCUCGUCAAAUUUUACGAGGUCUAGAGUACUUGCACUCACACGAGCCACCGAUCGUGCAUCGUGACUUGAAGUGCGACAACAUUUUUGUCAACGGUAACGCCGGGGAGAUCAAAAUCGGUGACUUGGGUCUCGCCGCGAUGUUGGAUCAUCAGCGAACGCACAGCGUGAUCGGAACACCCGAGUUCAUGGCCCCGGAGCUGUACGAGGAAGACUAUGACGAACGCGUGGACAUAUACUCUUUCGGUAUGUGUCUGAUCGAGCUCGUUACGUUUGAGUGCCCGUACAACGAGUGUAAAAAUCCGGCGCAAAUUUACAAGCGCGUUUCAAGUGGGAUUCCUCCGGCGGCGUUGGAGACCAUCAAAGAGAAGGGUGAUGACAUUUACGAAUUCAUCUCUCUCGCCAUCGCUCCCGCGGAUGAACGCCCGACGGCUCAGCAGCUGUUGGAUCACGUUUGGUUGAAGAAGAAGGAAAAGAAAACCAUGGUUCCGCGCGCCGUCGUCGAAGAGGAACCAGAGGUGCCGAGACCGAUUGUCAAGGAAGAGGAAGAGGAAGAGGAGCCACCGCGCGUGGCUCAAACGAGAGGGGAUAAUGGUAGAAAGAUUGUGAGAGUCUACUCUGAGGCUGACACGCUCGAGCCACCGGAGCACAGGCGAGGGGCUUCGCUCGACGUGCGCGUCAAGGGGACGUUUUUGGAGGACAACUCGCUUCGGUUGCGUUUGAGAAUCGCCGACUCGUCGGGUCAAAAUCGAACCGUGGAGUUUCCUUUCAACACCGAAACUGACAGCGCGCGUUCGGUUGCGACUGAGAUGGUGGAAGAACUUGGAUUGGAGAUGACCGCGGUCGAAACAAUUGAGAGAGAAAUAGAAAAGGAGGUGAAGUACUUGUGGGACGAGAAGAAGGGCUUUUGCGAGCGCCCUGAGAGCAAAAGACAUAGCGCCGAGAACAGCGGUGGAUCUAGCCCUGAAGAGAAAUUGCGCGGGCGUCCUGAAUCCAGUCGAGCGGGUGCAAUAUCUGCAAGCGCGAGUCAGGAACACUUAGCGCAGAGUCCGAGCCAGAUCGAGAUGAUGUUGACGCAGUCGCCGUCGACGGAGUCGCUUUCGGAAAAGCCGCGAAUUUUGGUGGAUGACCACGCAAUUUUACCGGAAAAGUCUCACGCUGUGCAGCACGAAGAGAGUCUUUUACGACCGCAAAGCGCGUUCGCCGCUGUGAAACCUCAAGAACAGGCUCCGGUCGCCGCCGCCGCGGCGCGGGGCACGACGAUCGCCUCCUCACGCCACCCCCGGGAUUUCGCCGGUUCGUUCUCCAGCUCCGGUGCAGCCCGCGGAGGUCGCCCGAUCGCUAGAGCAGUUUGAUCUGGCUGCGCAGAAGCCACCUCGAGCUCCAGUCGCAAACGCGCAGCCGACAUAUUCCGAAAGUGUGAUGCAGGACGUGCAGCGCGUGAUCGAGGGUGGGUCGUCAGCGACGGUGUCAGAAAUCGGAGAUAGAGGUUCAGACGCCGGAUCUUACGCGAACGAAGAAGAACAGGAAGAGAUGGAGGAACUUCGUUUGCUCGAAGAACUCGAGCUUCAGCAACAGCAAGAGGAAGCCGAAAUGAGGCAACGUCACACGACUGAGCGCCAGCAAAAGCUCCGUUCGCUUCAGAAGAAGCGUAUUGAACGUACGGCGAGCAAGAUGGCCUUGCUUACAGGAUCUGAUACUGGGUCCGAGUCCGCUCGUUACGAACGCCCUCACACGCCUGCGCUGGCGACACAGACAGUACCGCAACAAGCGACGCGCUUGAUGAAUGUGAACAGUGCCAGCAAUCUGGGUUUGCCGCCACAACCUCCGCAACCGAUGGCGCCGCAACAUAGCGCGCCAGGGUUACCGCCACCGACGGUGCAAACAUCGCCUCCUCCCUUACAUCAUGUUCAGCAUCCCGUCGCCAUAACGAGCGCCGCGGAGCAGCCGCACUUCGUGCCCGCGACGGAGCCCGCCGUGGUGCCGCCGCAAGUUGCUCAGCUGCAAACGGACAGCGCCACGAUUAGUAGAACCAAUUCUCAGCGCUCGAUGAAGAGCGACAGCGACGCAAAGUGCGUCGAAGAUCCCGAUCUUCCUCCCGAAGAGCAGGCUCGUCUCGCGAAAGAGAAGAAACGUAUCGAGGCGUUGGCGAAGAUGCAAAUGAUGGAGGAAACGUCGCUUCUGUCGCUCGACGUGUCGAAGUCGAAGGGUGCGAAAGGUAGCAUGAUGAGCCUCAGCUCUCAGGCGAAGAAAGAUUCAGCAGAUGAGCUCCAACAGCACGCGGAGCCGCAC